CCUACCUCCUUGCUCUGCAGGGUCGACUCACUGGCCGCGAGGAUCAUCUGACUGCCAAUGAGCAUUGCCCUUCAUGGCCAAGCUUAGCUCAGCAGUUUCUAGCAGAAAGGGAAGUGGUGUUGGGCACCUGGCAGAACCCAAGUAAAUUGUCAAACCAUUUUUAGAUGAAUUAACUUCUUAUUCUUUUCAAUUGCCACUGCACUCCUGGUACCAUAACCACUACAACAGGCUUUUUUUUCUACACUAGUUUCCCAAGAGCAUCUGUUCAUAAGUAGACUUUUGUAUCAUUAGUGUGAAAAUAUUACACCUGAAUAACUUAACCUUAUGUUGAGUUUAUAUCACUGCAUUGCUGUAUUACCUUCGGAAGCCUUAUGUUAAUAUUCAGAAUGUCAGUGUGACAUUUUUGAUUACUGAAUACAACUUUUUUGUCUAAUUUUCUAUUACAAAAGACGUGCAUAAUGUUUAGACAAGUGAAAGGUUAAAGGCAGGCACACACAGUACUCAGGUUACACCUGUUCGUAUCCUCCCCACUAGGAUACACAGACUUGGUGUGACGGUAUUUGCUAAACAGCUGCCAGAAUAUAACAGUGUCUCCACAAUGGCUUUCCCAAGCAGCCUCUCCUCUGUGCUGCUGUUGGCUCUCGUGACUUUCCAAGUAUCUUUACAAGCAGGUAAUAAGAGUUUUCUUUACGUUUGGUAUUAGAUUGCCUGUUCUGCCUACAAGAUACUUUACGUUAUAUUGUAUUGAUCACUUUUUACAUAAGUUAACAAGUACCUAGUGCCCAGUAUGUACUCUUUUUUUCUUGGACUGCAUGGGUCUCACCUCUCAUCGAAACAAAGUUAUUUUGCCACGUAGCUUUGUAUAGCCUUAUUUGUAAAUUUACUUCUACCACUAUCCACCCUCACUGAUGCUCACACAAACAAAUACAUGCAAUUAGCCAUAUUCACAUACAUACAUAACUAGCCACUCACACAAAUACAUAAUAUGUCACAUACCCCAACCUAAUUAGUAACAUGCUGACGCAAACACAGACACACAACAAUGUAUACACAGACAACGAUUAACAUGAAUAUAUAGACACAUUAAAACACAUAGAGACUUACACUUAUACUGACAGUCAGACACACUCAUACGCAAAGUCAAACUAACACAUAUUCAAAAUCACACACUGACACAAAUAAACAAUAACACUCUCACUGAUAGACACGUGUACUUUAAAACUCACUCAUGCAGACUCACACAGACACUCACACUUAUUUUAAUCUCCUUUCUUCCUAAUUUAUACAAAUAUGUACAAUUUUAUUUAGCACAAGAACACUGUACCUUUGUUUACAAAGACUGAUUUCUAAACACAUGUAUGUAGUUUAAAGACACAUUGCUGUGAGUAUUAUUGCUGUGGAGUUCUGUUUUAUGCUCAGACGCACCAUCUGUUAUAUACUCAGACAUCAAGAAUAGAAUUAGGAUAGAAAAGAGAGACAAUGGGAUUUGGGCCCAAAAUAGGGACUGUCCCUCCUAAAUAGCGCCACUUGGGAAAUAUGGUUCAACUACUUAUAUUGAAGGUGUGCUAGGGCUACUCCUUGCAUCAUAACCACAACAGUAGUAGUUAUAGUGCUUGCUGUAUACCUUUAAAUUAACAAGUGUGAUAUAACAUAAGUGUGUUAUAUAGUAGUAUUAAUUAAGUGUGUUAUAUAGUAGCCAUCUAAUUCCCACAAAACAGAAUAGAAAUCCUAAUCUGUACUACUUUAACAAAUGGGUGUUAAAAAUAAAGUUUUGCUUAAACUGUCUGCUUGCCAAAAAAUGCAAGAUACAGUCCACUUCUAGUUUUUGUGUCAGAUCUCUAGACGCUGUGACAAACAAUAUCACCAUCACUUUCAUUUCAGAAAAAAGCUCUCAACACGGUGUGUUUAAAGUCGCAUUAGUCUUCUUUGUAACUUAGCUGGGUCCAGAAACAUAGUAAGCAAUGGUUUAUUUACUUAACCCCUUAAGGAACAAGACUGUUUUGAGAAGCAACGUGCUUAUGAUCAAGGCGUUUUUGGCACUCUUGCCAUGUUUUCAUUCUAUUAUAAUUUCACCAUUUCUAUUCAAGUGCAUGUAUGUAUGUAUGCAUGUUUGUUUGGGUUUUUUAAGGGAGAACUUGAGCUUUUUGUGCACAUAAAACAUUAUUUAAUAUGAAUAGAACAGUAGAAAAUACACCAAAUUUUUCUCAGUUUUACAUGUAAUAAUUUCUACACAGCUAGUGCAACUAAAAAAAACAACAACCUCAAAAUAGAUUCACUAACUCGUCCUAAUUGUUAAAAUGCCUGAUAUGAUUAUGAUUUAAAUUAAAGCAACAUUAUGUUGUUAUGAAUACAAAGCUGUAAUCCUAACACUAUGGUGUCCCUCUGGUCCCGCACCCCCACUGCAACAGCAAUUAAAGGGUUAAAGAAACAAAACAAACCUUUUUUCCACUUACCUUAUUCCAAGGCUAGGGCCCCUCGGCACUGAUUCCAUCUCCGCAUCUUCUGACAUCAUCACAAGGGGAAUCUAGUGCUUGCCGCGCAGCAGUUGCCUUUCCCAUAGGAAUUAAUUGACUCAAUACUUUCCUAUAAGGAUUUUGAAGACAUUGGAUGUCCUCAUGCAAGCAUGAGGAUGUCCAGUGUCGUUUCACGGAGUUAAACUCCUGAAACAGCAGGAAGUGCCUAUAGUGGCUUUCUAAUAGACAGCCAAUAGAGGCAGUCUUAACAUUAUUGCAGUUUCCCUACAAUUGCAAUGUUUUACAUUCCAGGGUAAAGUGCAAUAGGGACACUGAACCUGGACCACUUCACUGAAAUGAAGUCCCCUGGGUGCCUAUAGUGCCCCUUUAAUUUUUGCGAAGUUCUAAAAUGAGGACUAAAUUAUGGCUUUAAAGAAAAAGAUUUGCAAAAUUGGCAUGCUGAGAUUAGUAUAUUUGUAAUAGUUACAAAAUCCAAAACCGCUACUCAAAAGUUAUAUAAUUGUACAAAAUACAUCGCCCAGGUUAUGUAACCAAUAGCAUUUUCACACUUUUCAUUUAAAACCUUUUUUAUAUUUUGCUACAUUGUAUGACAACUUUUUACUCUAAUACUACCCCUAAUCUUGCCCCUAAUCAUACCCAUAAUCUAACAAAUAACCCUACCCCUAAUCUAAUUUAUAAUCCAACAACCAAUUCAACCGUAAUCCUGCCCUUUAAUCCCACCUCCUAAACCCACAGAGAGAUUCCCUCUGCUGCCUGUUGACAAGAGUACUGAUUUUUCUCUGACCCUGGGACCAAACUCUGAAUCACGUUGGCUGAGUGUGGUCGCUUAGCCGGGUGUCAGACUUCGGCUGCUAAUUAUCUUUACAUUAUCUUUUUGUACCUUACUUCUCACCAGGGGCACAUCCAUCUUAAAAUGGCUCCUUCACUUUUUGAGGUCUUUGCAUAUUUUAACUUACCUGUACCUGUCCCUCAUGGUUGCUGCCAUCAUCUUCUGCAGGGUCCUCUUCAGUUUGACGCUGAUGUCAAUGAAGGAACCUACCAGAUUGCAGGAUCCUCCAUAGAAACAACCUUUUUCCCCCCUGAACCAUUACUAGUGACAGCUAAGGGCUUGACAAGGUUUGAGAAAAGGUAACUCUGCCUCUUGUCAAAUUUGUCACGUGUGGGGAAAAUACUAAGACAAUGUAGUCCCUACUUUCUGUGAACUUCCAGCAGUCUUCUAUGAGCAUUUCAUAAAGAUUUUAUCUUUAUAACAGAAAUGUCUUGUGAUGAUGGAUAGGAGCCCUUGCAUGACUGCUGUAUCACUCUUUCACACACUGCACAUGGUGUUAAACUGAAAGGAAUGUACCUUGUUGGGUUGUCACUGGUUGAUUGGAAAUCACUAUUUUUUAUUUUUUUUACCUACACCAUUACUAGCAAAGUAGGGCCAGGGGCCAAGUCUGAGUCUCAGGGAGACUCCUUGCUCCCAGCUUAUACGGUGGGGAAAAGAGUUAACACUUUGAACACAUCUCUAUUUUUUUUAUAUGAGGUUCACUGUUCUAUUUAAUUAUAUUACUGUGGCAGAGAGGAGAGAUUAAACCAUAAACAGUGUUCUUUUUUUUAUUGGACAGGUAUUUCCUGCCAUGUACCAUUAGAAAUAAUGUAGUGGUUUUGAUGCAUAAAUGCUGUAUCUUUUCUCUGUCUGGCACCCAUUUGAGUCACUUCCUCCUUUAAGACCUUUGAUUUUCAAUGGUUUUAAGAUUUGAUGUGGCCAAAAUAGUUAAGACGUGGCCAAAAUAUCAAAAACCGUAACAACGGCACAUUGUCCAAAAUCUGUAACUCUGAACUGCCAGCUGUGACAUCAGAAGAAGGGGUACCGUAUGGAGAAGAAGCCGUAUUUUUUGGGUGGUAGGAGGGCAUGGGCAAUAUGCAGUUGAGUUUGCUAUGAUGGACAAGAGGUCUACCCAAUGAUGUGGGUUGUAUCUUCUGUCCAAUCAAGAGGUGGAGAAAAAGAUCAUUUAAUUCACAGAUCAGUGAAGUGACCAAUAGAGAGGAGCAAUAAAAUAAUUAAAAUUUUUAAGCUUUUUUAGAUCUCUCUACUUCAGUUAUUGAGGGAGACAAAUCAGUGGACAUGGAUUGCCAGCCUGGUUUUAUCCUUGUUCCUGUUUGGGAGUGAGAGAUAUAGCCUGUGGCAUUGAUCCGCAUCCGAAUGUGAGACUGAUUAGGUUACUGAUUUGUUAUCCACUGCCACCUACAACAACUUUGAGUGGAAGAUAACCUGAGUCAUUGAUCCUAGUGUGAGACUGGUUAGGUUGAGGUCACUUACAUCAAUUUUGAAUCACUAAUUUAGAAUAUGGCACGUUCUUUUUUUUUUUUUUAACCGUUUGUAGUAAGAAUUUUUGAAAAAGAAAGUUCGUCUUCAUGAGCUACUGUCUGUGUCACUUACCAAGUUUGAGCGGGAGAUAGUCUGGGUCAAUGCUCCUAGUGUGAGCCUGAUUAUGUUACUGAUGUGCCUCGCACCAGACAGUGACACUUAUAGUAACUUUGAGUGGAAGAUAGCCUUUUAAUUGCUCCUGGUGUGAAACUGAUUAUGUUACUGAUGUGCCUUGCCUAUGACAGUGACACUUAUACCAACUUUGAGUGGGAGAUAGUCUUUUAAUUGCUCCUGGUGUGAAACUGAUUAUGUUACUGAUGUGCCUUGCCUAUGACAGUGACACUUAUACCAACUUUGAGUGGGAGAUAGCCUUUUUAACUGAUCCUAUUGUGAGACUGGUUAGGUUACUGCUUUGCCUGGUCACUACCAGUGCCACACUUAAAUCAUGUUUGCAUCACUUAAUUAUUUUAUUGAUUUGUGUUGUUUUUUUUUUAAAUUUAUUUAUUCAGAUUAUUUGAUACAGAUUAUUUGAUUUUGUAAACUGACACAAAUUGCACUGCAAUUUGCAAAGCACAAGUGAACAUUGCACUGCAUAUGGUAGGUCGUUUUAUUUUUUGAUGGUAGGUCUUUUUUUUAAAAAUCGUUUUAGAAAUAUUUUUUUUUAUCCAUUGUGUGCUAUGUGAGUGUGUUAGCACUUUGUAGUGUUCUGUGUGCUAUGCACAGUGUAAUGUUUUCUACCACUCCACACAUAUAAGGAACUUCAGCUUGUUGAAGUGCUCUUUGUUUAAGAAGUAUCCUAAUUUAAUUGUACUUUAUAAAAACACCUAUUCCCCCUCCUCUUCCACUGAGCUAAUGGAGGUAAAUGUGAGCCUGUGACAACCUUUAUUGAAGAGUUUGAGCAGAGUACCGAAGUAGUGUCCUCAGUGUCUGGUCUUGGUGUAGGUGGUGAUAAUUGUAGUAAUGAUGUUGCUCUUCUUUACCACCACUGCAGGCAUAGAUAGACUAUGAGGAGAGUCUUGAGAGGACAGGCAGCUAGUGUGCCCUCUUCUGCAUUUUCCCCUUGUCUAAGCCCAUUUCUAUCUGCCUUUGAAUUGCCACAUAAGAAAGAGACAGUUGUAACAUCAUUUGCUACUUGUACCACAAGUAGCUCACCAACUGUCAUUCUUAGUUUCACCACCACUCCCACCACUAUUUCAAUUAGCAUUAGUCACCCAAGUGCUAGUGUAGAGGCUAGUGUUACAACAGUUUCCACUACCAGUGAUACAAAUCCAUCCGCAUAUUCAGCAGCCACAAGGCGCUAUUGUAUUGUGCUGAGAGAAAGUUUGGUAUCACUAUGAGUGCUUCCAAAAAGCCUGACUUGCAAAGUGAGUACUAGGGAAGAGUGACGGCUCAUGAAUCUACAUCUGCAAAGGCACCACAAGUAUGGAUUAUUGAGGGAAAAAAGCAGGACAUGUUAAAAUACUAGGGCAGACAAAAUGUCCAUGGCUAUUAUAUUUGAUUGAGCACUACCACCUGCCACCAGCGGUACCUCCUCCAUUGCUAUGACGCUUAGGCAGAGCAGGGGGAUGUUGAGGAUAGUGUCAGUAGUCAACAUGUACAGUUGAGCUCCUCAGCAUCCCAGCAAUGUGUUCACGAACCCACUUAUUUUGUUGCAUUUCAUUCCAAGGGCCAGUCAAAAUAGCAAGCUAAAAAUUUAUUUUAAAAUCACCCACCUUAUUGCUGUAGAGGAAGCUUAUUUUUGAUGACAGAAGGGAAGCACCUCAAGCUGUUAAUACAUACCCUUGCUGUGCAAUAAAUCAUUCUUUCUCGAUCCACUUUCAUCUGGAACAUAGUCCCGUCACUGUACCGUUCCUGCAUUGUAGUAUUGAAGGAGCAGCAGGCCAAGGCUAAAAGUCAGUCGGUGCACCUCACCACAGAUUUAUUGAGUGCUUUUGUGGCCUGAAUGUAUUCCUUUCCAUAAUUGCACACUGGUGGCAGCCUAUGGAGCUUUACAUGGUGGUGAUAGUAGAGAAGUUACAACCUUUGCAUCAUGGAAGGCUGGGAGUGGAUCUGUACGGCAACAGGGCUGUCCAACAAAAAGCAUACUUCAGAAAGCAGGCACCAAUGUGCAUGCUGGAUUCGUGGUCACCAACAAAGCUACUAGCAUGAUUAAAGCUCUGCAAGAUGAUUUCUUUGUACAUAUGCACUGUUCUGCACACAUCCUACAUAUUCUAUUGAAGGCUUCAGUUGCCAAACGCAACACUACGGUGGCAACCAUACUUGGCUUUCCACUGUAGUGUGAAUACUAGCCAAUUCUUGAGGUAAGAGCAAGAGAAAACAGGGCUGCCCACAAACUGUCUUUGCCAGGACGUCACCACUGUAGUGUGAGGAAUGGACAGUAAUGAGGCAGCUAGUAUCAGUUCUUAAACCAUUUAGGGAUAUGACAGAAAAUUUGAGCCAUUGUAACACCAUUUUGGGACAGGUCAUCCGCUUGUUUACCCAUUUUAUAAAUAAGAUGUAUACAAUUCUGGAAAAUUCAUGACAACACACUCCACAACGAUGUGUCAGAAGUGGUCAAAUGGCUGCAAGAUGUACUCAAAGCAUGUCUUCACAAGCAAGUUGCUAAUUUCCAUAAACUGACCCUAGCUUCCCUAGAAGGUAGGGGGAAAAUUGCUCCUUGAUCCAAGAGCCUGACAUAGAGGGACACAAUUAUUGAUAUGGUCCGUGAUUUUCAGCAAAACAGAGGCAUGCUGGACAAAGAGGAUUUCCGUAUUGAACCUAACAUGUUAUUAUCAGCAGCAGCACAACCCCAACAUAGCAGAGUGGAGCAACUGCAUUUUGAGCAGAGGCUCUUGACAGUUUAGUGCGUACUAAUGAAGCACCAGGCAGCCAAAAUUAUAGUAAUGCCUUUGAAAUGGUCAGACCUCUCCUUUAUGAAUCUCCUUUGCCUCCUACUGAUGACCCUCUGAGCUACUGGGAUAGGAAGAAGAGUGUGUGGCCUGUCCUCUGUCUGGUCAUUUCAACAGCAACUAUUGGCAUGACCACUGUCCAAAGUGAGCAAAUGUUUGCUGUUACAGCGAACAUUCUUAAUCCACAAUGCUCACAAAUGUCCCUGCAAUUGAUGGAGCAAAUAGCUUUUGUCAAGUUCAAUUUUCCCAAGCAGGGUUACCCACUAUUGUCAAUUUAAUACAUAAGGUGCAAUCAUCUGCUAGCUGAGAUCCAAUUGGCCACCCCCUUUACUUUUAAAGUUGUUUCAAAAUUUGCAAAAACAUUCUAAAAUCUGUUGGUGAAUACAAAAAUGUAACUGAGUGAAGGACAAUUACUCACGCUACAGAUUGGAUGUGUGGGAAAGGAGUUAAUUACCGACAGAAUUUUUAUUUUUUGAAAAAUCCCCUUUUUUUAACUUGAAAUAAUUCCUGCUGAUAUUACUCUCUGUUUUUAAUUAAUACAAGACUGCAAAAUGAAAAACAAUCAAUUAUUAUAAAAACAAGUUAUUUCACCUUUUUCUUAUCCAGAUAUGGAUUAAUCAAACCAGGUAGAGGACAAUAACAUAUCUGUAAUGUAAAUGUUCUUUUAUAUUCACACUUUAGUAUGACUCACUAUUAAACUGGUAAAUUUACAGAAAGCUCAUGUAUUCUAAUAUAUAAAUAAUUUUGUGGCAAGGAAUUCCUUCUUUCAAACGAAUAAUUUACUUGCAACUGCUAUGUGGCACAUAUGACUCAUAAGUCAAGGUGAUGCAAUCUCUGUCUACUUUGAGAGAUGGUAAUCUAGAUACAUAAUAUAAAGAAAGUCACUAAAUCCCAGUAAAAACAAUAAAUAUUAUACCUUACGGCAACGUCUGCUACCCACCAACAGAUUAAAAUGUAAACUAUAUCAAAUACAGCUACAUAAUGCAAACAAAAUAUAUGUGGAAGGAAAAAAAUGGAACCAUUCACAAUUUAAUGAGCUACAUUUGGGUAUAAAGUGCAUAAACAUGACUCACCCUGGGCUCAACAGAAUAGCAGUCUCUAAAUGGCAAAGAAAUCAACCAGUAGCAAAUAUAUCUAAAAAUAAUUAAUAAAUACUGUCUCCUGAGGGCAUGACAGCACUCCCUCUCCUGCCAAUCACUCCAUGUAGUGUGGCCUUAUGGAUCACAGGAGAGGAUCUUCUGUACAGGAUGUGCUCACUGGGAGCAACAAACAGCUUCCUGUCAGACUGGGUAGAGAAUACAGAAGAUCCUCUACCGUGAUCCAUACGGCCACAAUGCAAAGGGGAAAUAAAGAUGGGAAAGGAGGGUAGACACCAGAAAGAGGAGGUGAAUGGAAGAUACCACAAUGGGAUAGGGGUAGAGGAACAGACACACAGAGGGGCUGGCGGAGAAGAGACACAAAGAGGAAGGGGGGGGGGAGACACACAGAGGAGCUAGGGGAAGUGACACACAGAAAGGUGCUGGGGAAGAGACAUACAGAGGGCUGUUGGGAGUAAAAAGAGAAACUAAUAGAAGGGCUUACAGAAGAAGCAAAAAGAGGGGAAGGGGAGAAAGAUAAACAUAAAGGGGCUAUGGGAGAGACAUACAGAUGGGUGGGGGAGAAGAAACUAGGGUCAGGGGGAGUCAGUAAUAAGUGAUGGAAAUGGGAAAAAGAGACACAGGAGGCGAUAGAAGGGGGAUGACACACAGAGAAUCACAGAGGGGCUGGGGGGCAGAGACAAGGUGCUUGGGGAGAAGAAAGAUACUCAGAAAGUGGGGGAGAAAUACACAGAGGGGCUAGGGUAUUGGAAAAAAAGAGAAGCACAGAGGGGCUGGGGGGCUGUAAAGAGAUGUACAAAGAAAAGGGCUGGGGAAAAAAAGUCACACAGAGAGGCUGGGGAAGGGAAAAAAGAGAAACAUAGAGGGACUGGCAGUAAAAGACACACAAAAGGGGCUAUAAAGAGAAAGAUAUACACACAACGGAGCUGUGAGGAGCAAAUGACACACAUGGACUGGGGGAGUAAGAGAAACACAAAUGGGCUGGGGGACAUAAGAGACACACAAGGGGGGUUGUAAUAGAAACUAGGGGGUGUAAGACUCACCAAGGGAUAAAAUGGGGCAUAAGAUACACUAAGGGGAAGUGUAAGACAAGAAUGGGGAAUAAGAUACACUAAAGGUAGUAAGACAUUAAACAGAGAGGAAUAGAAACACAAAAGGGGUUAAGAAAUUCAAAAGGGAGUCGGAGACACACAGGCAAUAAAUGUGUGGGGGGGUUUUUGGGGGCAAAUACUUGCCAAAAGUACUUGCACCAGCCCUGGUAAAAUAUACAUACAAUAUUAAAACAUGUGUGUCAGGUUUCAGUAAAAGACUAUAAACUUGCAUCACAAAGAAAACAGUGCAAUUUACCCAUGAUCAUCCACCCCACAAAUGUAAAGUAACGAUAAAGCAUACACUAUGCGUUUUGACAAAUUUCAAUAGAAAUUGAGAAAUAUAACGUUUAUAAAUUAAAAUGUCAAUCCUACAUAAUCCGACAUAAUUAAAUGCAUGCAAAUUUCUUUUAUUUAUUUUUUUAUUUUGGCAGUGGAGUGUUUAUUGGCAAUCUAAUACUGCAUUUGUAAUUGUAGUUCAGUUAAAUUAUUUUAUGUGUUGUCUAAAAUACUGUGUAUUGUUUGAACCUGGCACUACAAAAGAUAAUUGCUUCACAGUCAUUUUGUGUUGAUUAUCAUAUUCACAUCUAGCAUAACCUUGCAGAGGAUCGAAGAGUAGUCUUUACAAAUGAAAUUUUCAGGGUAUCGUUUUUCAGAGCACGUAUAUUUUCUCAGGGAAUAUGAUAUCCCUUGGCAAUCCAAAUGUCUGUUCACACCAUCAUACCUGUCUCAUUCUUUCAAUACCGCAUAAGCCAUAUCUUGUUAAAUUGAGGGGUUUUUUUUACAUCUUUUAGCUGGAAGUGUUAAAGCAGGAAAACAGGUUGUUAAAAUACGACAAAGAUGAUAAAAUACCCCACAUAACAGCUGUAGAAAUUAUGUGAGACUUGUCUUGAAAAUGUAACUAACGAAAUGUGUGUUAUUGAUAGUGCUUUACACUCUUUCUAUGCAAUGGGAAGUUCAGUUAUGGUAGAAAACUAUUAACUCAAGCCAUAGUGGUUGACUGAACAGAAACUAUAAGGAUGGAGGUGUCCCCUUCUGCCUUUUAAGGUAUUAUAUGGAUGAUGCUUUAAAGAUGACCAAAUCAAAAACAAAAGUAAAAAAUUCCCACUUUUAGUAGGAACACUAUAGUUACCAGAACAGCUACAGCUUUAAUGUAGUUGUUCUGGUAGGUAAAGUGAUUUACUGCAGGCAUUGUAAUGUAAACACUGCCUUUUCAGAGAUUUGUAUUUACUUGGGUCUGUGCUCAGGGUCCCAGAACAGCUGUUUUUUUUUUUUACUUCCUCCUCUCACUUUGGGGUCCCCCCCCCUUUUCUAUUCCUUUCUAGUUCCUGGUUUAUGACUUUGCUUGCGGGGGUGCUUGGGUCUUAACGUUUCUGUCUCCCAUCUGUGGCUAGCUCCACCUCGGCAGGGGACCCCGAUCGCGCAGUCAUUGGCGUUUCAGAGGUCUGUGACCAAUGCCAUUAUGGCCACGAUGGGCACUAUGUCCUCGGCCUUGUCCCAAACGAUUUCCCAAGCAUUGAUGACACUCCCCUCGGGCACGGGGACCACGGAUCACUCAACGCGCACCCUGUGUCAUGAGUGUGACUCCCUUGGGGCUGCACCAAGAAAAGCUAGCCAUAAAUCUAGGCAUAUCUCUCCAUCUGCCUCCAGAAACAAUAUGACAAGCAUAUCUCAGGGCACCCCUGAAAGCAUGUCAAAUCCAUGCAAAAGAGCCUUUAUGCACCAGCAGAACAGGCGCGGCGGUGGAAAUGUGCAAGAGCACAGAAUGAGUGACUCCGACUCAGAGAUCGGGUCUAGUAAGGAGGCUGGAGUGGAGUCCAAUACUGACUCAUAGAAUGAUGAUGGGGACUUGGGUCUUGAUCUCCUUACCUCCACCAUGGAGGGGAUGACAGGAGGUGACCCUGGGGCUGAUCCUCCCGCAACUGCGGGGACUGCCCUCAUGGACCCGCUGGGCAAGCCAUUGUUCGACCCGGAUGACCUUCACCACCCAAGGUCGGCCAAGUGGCUCCCGGCGGACCAUGUGGCCUGAACCUGGAAAAUUGGGUGCGACACCCCCUAGCAAGGUGGCACGUAAUAAGCUCAGAGCUGAGUACCCUAGACCGGUGCCUAACAAGGUGUGCGAAACCCCAGAAGUGGACCCCAAAUGACACAAUUCUUAUCAAAGAUGGGUUGUAAAGGCCUGGACUCGGCCCUCAGGUCGUGCCAGGAUAAACACCUACACAUUUUUGAGCCCCUGGCCAAGCUUUUUGAUCUAGAUGAGGAUGCCAGGGCUGAUAACAGGCUAGUCGACUGGGUUUUCUCAUCAACUGGGAAAAAUCUUGUCUGACACCAUCCAGACGCAUGGUAUUAUUGGGCUUCCUUGUUAACUUGGAGGAGGACUCCUUGAACCUACCUGCGUAAAAGGUUCGGACGGUCCGCAAGGAACUUCGCAGCACACUUACCCAACCGCCUCUCACACUGCGUCACUUGGCGAGACUCAUCGGACUGUUGGCAUCGUCGAUCCAGGCGGUGUUCUCGUUUCCCCUCCACGAUCGAGCUCUCCAGCAGUUGAAGAUUGCACAUCUGCGAGAGGGAGCAUCAUAUGGUAUCACAGGGAAAUGAAAGAUGAAUUGCCUUGGUGGAUUCACCAUAGACUCAGACACGAGUCUCCAUGGCUGGGGCGUCCACUGUGAAGGUGUGUCCACAAGAGGGUACUGGUCAGAGAGUGAAUCCAGAAUGCAAAUCAAUGUUCUGGAGCUUCUAGCGGGCUCCUUUUGCAAUUCAGAGUUAAGCGGGGGACCGCCAAUGCCUGCAUUCGCCUACUAUGGAUAACAUAUCAGCAGUUCGAUAUGUCAACCACAUGGGCAGUAUCCAGUCCGCACUCUUGGCUUGCUUGACUUCUGGGAGUUUUGUCUAAUACGGAAUCUGGUGGUCCAGACGGGUACCUACUGGGCAUGCACAAUGUUCAGGCGGAUUGGAACUCACAUUUUAUCUCGCCAGCAUCGAUUGGAGAUUAGAUGUAGAGGUAUUUGGCAAUAUAUCGUCCCUUUGGGGUCCCUUUAUCAUAGACCUAUUUGCCUCACGGCUCAACACCCAGCUGCCCCAUUUCUUCAGCUGGCGUCCAGACCUAGCCGCGAAGGCGGUGGACGCUUUCCUGCAGGAUUGGCACGGACCUCUUCUCUUGCUUUCCCUCCAUUUGCCAUGCUUCCCAGGACGCUGCUUCAGGUUCGCUGCCAAAUGGCGGAGUUGGUUCUCUUAACCCCAUACUGGGGGACUCAGUCCCUCAACUGCUGGAGAUGGCAAUAGAUGUUCCCAGGUUAUUGCCGAUACGUCCGGACCUACUUCAGGGCACAGCAGGAUGUCAUCAUCCUCUCCUCCUAGAAGGAUCCCUCCUGUUGAUGGCUUGGUGGAUUUUUGGGGACCCUGGCAGAUCUCUGAAGUUUUUGAAGUAACUCGGCGCCUCUUGGCGGAUGCAUGGGCUCCCGGAACUCGUAGAUCAUAGGUAUCAGCUUGGAGAUCUUGGUCUGGCUGGUGCCUGGCUAGGGACGUGGAUCUUGUUUCAGUACCUGUAACAGCAAUUCUUCAAUUCCUCACGUCUCUGUUUGAAGCUGGCCGGACCUACUGAACAAUAAAUGUAUACAGGUCAGUCAUUUCUUCAGUCCAUCAGGGUUUUGAGGGUUGUCUGGCAGGAUAACAUCCCUUAGUAUGUCGGCUUCUGCGUGGCUCCCGUCUAUCUCGCCCACCUAGACCGCGAUACUCCUCUAUGUGGGAUGUCUCCUUGGUGCUAUCACUGUUUCCCUCAUGGCCAUCUAAUACGGAACUUUCCUUGAGCCAAUUAUCGUCAAAAUUGGUCACACUGCUUUGCCUGGUAUCCUGUAAGAGGGUUUUGGAUGUUCGUGUCUUGGAUUUCGACGCUCGCUCCUUCACUCCACACGGGGUGACUUUUAAUAUAACCAGACACAUGAAGACUUCAAUUCGAUCAUUUUCUUAUCCGGCCUUCCCUUCGGCUCCAGCAUUUUGCCCGGUGACUUGUUUACAGGAAUAUGAGAUUCACACUGAGCUGCAUCAGUCACCAUCUAGGCCUCAUCUUUUUCUAUCCCUUUGACCUCUGUUUUCCUCGGUGACGAGUACUGCCAUGGCUCGUUGGUUGAAAUGGGUGUUGCAACAGGCGCGUGUGGUCACUUUGGAGCCCAUUCUGCCAGGGGUGCUUCGGCCUCGUCGAUCAUGACCUCAAUAGCAUGGUUGGAGGACCUGAUGAGGACGGCGGACUGGUCUCGGGAAUCUACUUUCCAUGAAUUUUAUUUUUGACCUGUGACUCGUGUUUUUUUCUACGGUUGUCAGUCAGCUUUAAACUUGCAAUGAGCCUCCAUGUCUUGUUAUAAAAUUAUAUGAUUUUGCUAUUACAUGAUGAAAAGUCAUGAUUUUAUUAAAGACAUGGAGGCAAGUAUUGUUAAAAGGGUCUGUCUCUCCCUUAUGAUUGCACUAAGUUGCAAGGACUGAAAAAAUACAUGUGGCUCCUGUCUAUAUAUGUUUUCACAGCCUAAUUUGGACUGGUUUGAUGGACUCCAACUGAUUAUCGUACUGGAAUCAUCUAUGUUGUAGGUUUUCUUGUUUCCUGUGAUGGAUUUGUCCCGGUUCAUUGGAUGGUUAUCUGGUUGGACUCUGACUGGAUUUAAAGACAGUUGUUAUUGUGCGGUUGGACUGAUCCCUCGGUUCCUGUUUGAUGUUUGUUUAUUGUGGUCACAUCUCCAAAGAAAGAAGAAAUGUGUAGGGAGGUGCUGACUUGGUAUGGAAGUGACUUAUCACUAUGUAUGUCAUUUUUUCUUACUGUUUUAUAUUCUUUGCUGCUAUUGGUGGACAGUAAAGAAAGGGAUGCAAUACUUGCCUCCGUGUCUUUAAUAAAAUCAUGACUUUUCGUCAUGUAAUAGCAAAACCAUGUAAUUGUCAAGCUCAGCCAAUCCAAUGCUUUCCAAUGAUGAUGUAAACCGCUGGAAUAAGAUUUAACGGAUGGCUAAAUAGUGUUUUCAACACUAUAGGGUCAGGAAUACAGAUUUGUGUGUCUGACCCUGUAGUGUUCCUUUAAUGUUUUCAAGUCUGUUUUCUUAAUAGAUGAUUGCAUGCAAAGACAAGUUCCAUGGAUCUUUGACAGUAGAAACCAAGAGUAUAGUCUUUUUGCUGCAGCAAUUUUUACAAAUUGCUGCAAUUGUAAGCCACGCUUUUUUUUUUUUUUUGGUAAUAAUUUAUUUCUUUUUCAUUAUUCAAUACAAAUAACACAUCUGUAACAUAAAAAGACACAACAUGCAAGGAUGAUAAUACACAUAUCAUUUAUAUCAUGUUAACCAUACUUACACCAUAUAUACAUACAAACAUAUAUUUAUCUCUUCUAUUUCAAUAAUACAAGUUUGUGGGUUUCUUUUAGUAUUAAUCUGAGUCAGGGUAUACUGUUACGAGCCAGGAUAUACUAUUACCUGCUAAUAUAACAGUUUCUGUUAUUACAAUUAGCAGUAUAAGAAUUUAAUCCCUACACUCUAUAGAGGGUCGAUCAAGGAUCUUAAUCCAUUUGUCCCAAAUUUCAUAUCUUUGCGUACUAAUGCAAAAUUGUGAGGCUAUGCUUCUUUCCAUUUUACAUUGGGUUUUAAUAGCUUCCUUAAUUUGCUACCAUGUAUCUAUUGUUGUCUUUUCCCAAUUCCUAGCGAUCGAUAUUUUAAAAGCCAUCAGUGCAUGAAUCAAAACAUAUUUCUUAACAUUGGGUAUUUACGGUAAUUUUAAGUGUAGCAAUAUUGUUUCGGGUGUCCAAUUAUGUGUAAUACCCAAUAGUCUACUAAUUUCUAAUAAAAUUCGAUCCCAUGCUCUCCUUAUCGGUAUACAAUUCCACCAUCUAUGCAUUUCAUCAGCUUCUUCAUCUCCACACCUCCAACAUUUCUGAAUAUCUGAGUUGGAAAACUUACAUAGCUUGGCAGGUGUCAGAUACCACCUAUUUACCAACUUAGUAGUGAGCUUCCACUACUUUAACAUCUUUACCCACCAUACCUAUGCAUUAAGCAUUAUAUAUUGUGCUUUAAUUAGCCUUUACUUGAAAGUUGUUGGGUUUUUUUUUAGCUUUAACACCCUUGCAUUAUAUUUACUGUGACAAAUAACUAUUGAAUAAACUAAAGACAAAACAGUAUUUUUUUAAAAUCACAAUUCAGGGACAUCUAAAGCUCAACACUAUAUAAAUAUCUACAAUUCACAUUUUUUAUUUAUCUCAUUUUUUUUCAGAACUAUUGGAGAGAUAAGUAAUUUAUAAGUAGGACAAUUUAGUAGGAACAUUAUGGAAGUCCUGACCAUGGCAAUAGCCAGUAGAGUAAAGAACAUCACCUGAUACCCCUCAGGUUAGUAUAUCUCUGGAAGCCCUUCUGCUAUUAGGUGAGGUAGAGUUCCCUUGUCCAGUUUGAUGGGAAUCCUCUACCGGCUAAUUAAAAAAAAAAAUCUAAAGAAAUUAAUCAAAUUAUUCUUUAUUGCAACACAAGAAAUCAGGUGUGUUACAUACAAGCACAUUUAUUACUUUAGUUUUAAACUGUAUGCAUGGUCAAAGAGAAGUACAUUAUACCUUAUAUAGCAUACUAUUAUACAUACAAAACACAAUCUUCAUUCUGGUUGCUGAGAGGAUGUGUACAGGUGAGUGGUACCUGUUUACCUGUUUGCUGGUAACAAUUUUUAUAUGAAUCAAAAUACCAACAAACAAAAAAGAAAUCUUCAUAAAAGGAGUAAAAGAAGCACAAAUAAAUCUUUCACUGGUUAAAUCGAUCAUUAAUAUAAGGAAGGUUGUUCUUUUUUUCGUCCGCAGAACAGCAUACAUGACAAUACAUUUCAAAAGGAAACAUAAAACUACAUAAUACAAACUCAUUAAAACAUUACCAACAGACAAUUCUUGAGGAACAGUUGGUGGAUAUUGUUGCUCAUGAGGGGGAUUUGCUGGUAUUGUCAACUACGAAAUUUCCCAGUAGGGUAGGACAGGCCUGACGCUCAUGGAGAUUGCAGGCAACCAACCCAAGCACAAACCCAUACAGUUCUGGACUAGCAAAGGCCUGCACGAGUCCUGCUCUGUGCUCCACUCCUCCAGAAAUUUCAAAACACCCCCUGCACAUCUUUUUAACCAGCAGAAAAAUAAUAUGAGAAGCCCUUGCAUGCCAGUGACCUUGGGAGCAAUUGUCUUCUUUGCCAGCUUUGCUAUAUUUAAAUUUCAUCUCAUUUUCUCUUGAAACAAAUACAAGCUUUACAUUAAUUUCUAAGUACACAUUGAGAAUCCAGAGGUUUAAUAAUAAAUGCUGGAUGGACAUGCAGUGAGUGAAUCAUGAAGUGACUUUUUAAGCAAACCAAACACGGAAUUUCUUACUCCAGAUAUCAUGGCAGAAUAGCCUAACACAGAAAAAAGAAACAUGCAAAAUAAAAAAGUUUGAAAGGCAAACUUUGUUACAUCACUGUUGACCUAGGAAAAGCUGAUGGACCUUCAUGAGUCCCAUCCAAGAUAAUGGUGAGAUGGACAGGUCAGAAGAAAGAGCGAGCAGCUCUCCCCCACAGGUAUCUACCCUUGUAACCAAGAUUAACCAAGAACAUAUUGCAAUCUACGUUCGGCUGCUUUUCUGAAUUGUAGAAAUUGGUGGGGGAUAUCAGAAAGCACAUCCAAGACUUGAGAACGAGGAUAUCCCAUAUGGAGUAAAAAAUGGAUGAAUUUACAGAGGCCCAUAACAGCUUGGUGGACUGAGUGCAGCAGCGACCCAGCUGGAAUCCUACAAAUAAAAGCUUAUGGAGCCAGAGGAUAGGUCCAGGUAGAACAAUCUGCACUUAGGGGAAUACCCUAAAGCAUGAACCAGGAUGUGCUACCAACUUACCUGCAAGCUUUGUUUAAGGUGCAGAUGCAUAGAGUGGCCAGACUGCAACAUGGGAGUUACUGUUGCUUUUAUAUGUUUAUCCCUAUUGUUUUUCUUUUUCUUCUGGCCAAGUGGGCAGCCCAGUUUCCUUUGUUUCUCCAUUUCCUACUACAGGGAGAGAUUGAAAGGUUGUUGGUGGUUCAAAAUUAUAUAUCGAAGAAAAGUAUGGUACGCAGUACUUCACCCUUGAUUCUAUAUCAGAUGAUAUGUAUCUUUUUCAAUUUUUUAAGAAAAUCUUUAUUUAUUAAUUUUUUUAACAAGAAUUGUAUCGAAGCAUUCUGUAUGCAUCUACAAGUUAAACUUUUCACAUGGAAAUUAGUGAAUGAAUAUUAACAUGAGAUUUCUGAAACCAAGGUAUCAAUUGAAUUAUGUUGGAUUCAACUAGGGAAAUAAAAAUCUCCAUGAAUCACUGAGCUUUAGUAACCAAUCACUUUGGGCUUAUAAGUGUUCGUGAGCAGUUUUGUGCAAAUCUGGUAGUGGAUUUGUAACAUCCCCGUGGGGCAAGUUAGGUAUAUAGUUACAUAGCUGAAAAGAGACUGGCGUCCAUCAAGUUCAGCCUUCCUGACACGUUUUUGCUGUUGAUCCAAAAGAAGGCAAAAAAAUCCAGUCUGAAGCGCUUCCAAUUUUGCAACAAACUAGGAAAAAAAUUCCUUCUUGACCCCAAAAUAGCAGUCAGAUGUUUCCUUGGAUCAAGCAGCUAUUACCCCACUAAUUAUAAAUUAUAUCCCUGUAUGUUAUGUUUUUGCAAGUAUUUAUCCAAUUGCAGUUUAAAUAUCUGUAUGGACUCAUAAAAUCACCUCUUCAGGCAGAGAAUUCCAUAUCCUUAUUGCUCUUACUGUAAAAAAACAUUUUCUUUGCCUUAGAUUAGUGUUUCCCAACCCAGUCCUCAAGGCACACCUACCAGUCCAGGAUUUAGGGAUUACCCAGUUGUGUCUAAGGUGUUUUUUUUCUUCUUUGUAAAAACACCUUAGACACAACUGGGUAAUCCCUAAAUCCUGGACUGGUAGGUGUGCCUUGAGGACUGGGUUGGGAAACAUUGCCUUAGAUGAAAUCUCCUUUCCUCCAGCCUAAAUGUGUGACCUCGUGUCCUAUGUAUAGCCCUUUUUAUAAAUAGAUUUCCAGAUAAAGGUUUGUACUGGCCCGGAAUAUAUUUGUGUAAUGUUAUCAUAUCCCCUCUCAGGCAACGUUUUUCCAAACUAAACAGAUUUUUUAACCUUUUUAACCUUUCUUCGUAACUAAAAUGCUCCAUUCGUUUUAUCAAUUUUGUAGCUCGUCUCUGCACUUUUUUAUAGUUGUUGGUUCAGUCUCUACAGGUGUCUGGGUGAAUGAGACCACAAGUGAAUAGAAUGUAGUGUCCCCAGAUUUCCUAACCUGACCCGUCUUGGUCCCUCAACCGAUUCCCCAUCUCACAGUUGAACCAGGAGAUUUGUCAUUUGUCUGACUGCAUGCAUUAUCUCUUUGUGUGACAAAGUAUAAUGUAAUGUAAAACAAUACAAAUGUGAGAGUGCAACUAAAAUAGAAUUUAGACCCUAGAACAAUGUUAUAUUUACACAGACUGAUUUGCAAACACAUUUAUUGUAGUUUGAAGACACAUUAACUGUGAGUAUUAUUGCUGUGGAGCUCUGUUUAUGCACUCGGACACAACAACAACAAUAUGGAGCUCCUAGAAAAGUGAUUUGAACCCAAAAUAGGGGCUGUGCCUUUUAAAUAGGGACACUUGGGAUAUAUGCUGUAGUCUUAUUUUAACUAACAAGUGAAUAAAAUAAGACAUAAUGUAAUAUUUAAAACAUAAAAUGAGUAAGGGUAAUAUGAUUGAUUAUAGGAUGAGUAAAGGUAGUAAAGUGUGCAAAGUAUAUUUUUACAAAGUGCUUUGGUUAAAAAAAAAAAAAAAGGCAAUUAUCUUACUGUUAGCAAUCCUACCUUUCUUAUUGUUGCUGUAAAGUACAACUCAACACCAAACACACAGAAUAUAGUUGCCAAUUCUAGUUAUAGUUCUGCAUUAGGUUCAGAGUGCAUACUUUGUGGCUUUGUUUAAAAAGAGGGUGUGCUUGACGUUGUGUCAAGUAGCAGGUAUCAGUGAGAUCCAGAGGGAGUAACUAUGGGAGAGGCUGGGCUCUAAACGUACAGCAAACAUGACAUGAGGAAAUAAGCCGUUUGGAUUAUUCGCUAAAAAGUGAUUCAUUUUUAAAUUGAAAAUCAGCAUCAAAUUAAGACUCAGCUAUUUGGAAAAAAAAAACAUCCCGAAGCCUGCAAAACUUGAAUAUUUUUCUUUAAACUCAGUUCUGCCUUUAAUUUAUCAAGACAGUUGUCACGUCACCAUUACUGUGUAGUGAAUAAAACCCAUUGUUAAAUCUGAGCAUUGUAAACCUGUUUUAGUCCAAACAAACAUUUCUGUCCUUUUCCUGGCAGCCAGCCAAUUUAAAUAGAAUAAACGUGAAAAAAAUCAACUGUUAACAUUUCAGAAUAGUUUGUUGAAAGAGGAUAUGCCCGGUUUUAAACACAAACAAAAUUCACUGAACUCCAAAUGCAACCAGAUCUCAGAUUCCAUUAUUAAAGGCAAAAUGCAGUAGAAAUUCAGUGAUUUGCACCUACAGACCACAUCUAGUAUCGGCUUUAAAAUCAGCAAAUCACCAAAGUAAAUCCUAUACAAAGUGUUUUUAAUUAACUAGAUUUUAACCAGAUCUGCGCCAAUAAGAAGUAAAUCAACUAAAUAGAGUCUUAUGUGUUUUGCUGAUGAAUCUAUUAAAAUAUGUGCUAUUUGCCAUCUUGCAAUGCAGGUAUCCAGCAAGUAAAUAUAGUUGAAAAUAAAUUGGUGAAUUGCAGCAGAGGUGUUUUUCUUGAUUUGUUAAAUAUAUAGUUUAGCAUAAACCUGGAAAAAACCUAUUUAUGAGCUAUGUUGGUUAUGAAGCUAAGUGAUCCUUAAAGUGCAAAUGUGACUUUCAAACAUUUCUCAAAAAAUCACAAUGAGACAGAAAUGUUAUGGAGACACUUUAAUACAUCUGUCCUCAUUAUGUGUAAACAGAAUAUUAUUGAGCAGUGGUCCUUACAUAGCACUGUAGGCACCCAGACCACUUCAGCUCAUUGAAGUAGUCUCGGUGCUGUGUCCCUUUUGCACCUAGUGCUGCAAAGUAAAACAUUUCAGUUACAGAGAACUGCAAUUACAUGCCCUCAGUAAUUGUCUACCAGAUAGCCACUGGAGGCGCUUCCGGAAUCAAAAGGGACUCUUGGUCUAUGUGUCUGUGUGUAUAACUGUCUGCCUGUGUGUGUGUGUGUGUGUGUGUGACUGUCUGCCUGUGUGUGUGUCUGUGUGUGUGUGUGGGACUGUCUGCCUGUGUGUGUGUGUCUGUGUGUGUGACUGUAUAUGGUCUAUGUGUGUAGGACUGUCUGCCUGUGUGUGUGUGUGUAUGUGUGUGUGACUGUCUGCCUGUGUGUGUGUCUGUGUCUCUGUGUGUGUAUGACUGUCUGCCUGUGUGUGUGUAUGACUGUCUGCCUGUGUGUGUGUCUGUGUGUAUAACUGUCUGCCUGUGUGUGUGUCUGUGUGUGUGUGACUGUCUGCCUGUGUGUGUGUAUGUGUGUGUGUGACUGUCUGCCUGUGUGUGUGUCACUGUCAGCCUGUGUGUGUGUGACUGUCUGCAUGACUGUCUGCCUGUGUGUGAGUGUGUGCGUGACGGUCUGCCUGUGUGUGUGGCUGUCUGUCUGUGUGUGUGUGUGUGACUGCCUUCCUCUGUGUGUGUGGAUGUCUUCCUGUGUGUGUAUGGCCGUCUGACUCUGUGUGUGUGUGUGUGUGUUUGUGUGUGACUGCCUGUGUGUGUGUGUGGCUGUCUGCCUGUGUGUGUAUGUGUGUGACUGCCUGUGUGUGUGUGUGGCUGUCUGCCUGUGUGUGUAUGUGUGUGGCUGCCUGUGUGUGUGUGGCUGUUUGCGUGUGUGUGUUUGUGACUGUCUGCAUGUAUGUGUGUGUAAGACUGUAUGUGUGGCUGUGUGUGUAUGGCUGUCUGCCUGUAAUUGUGUGUGAGUGUGUUUAUCUACCUGUAACUGUGUAUGUGACUAUCUGCCUGCGACUAUGUUCAUGUGGUUGAUUUGACAGUGUAUAUGUAUAACUGUGUGCAUAUCACUGUGGGACAUAACUCUGCAAAAAUAUACACCUGCAUUCACACACAGGCCUAAAUGCAUGCUGUUAUCUGAAUUAAAUAACAAUCACACACAGCCAAUAAACCCAGCACAAAUAUCACAUACAACCAAUACACGCAUAUCACACACUGUUAAAACACCCAUUACAAAUAUCACACACAGCCAACACAUAGCAUACAUAUCACACACAGUCAUUACACCGAUCGCAUACACAGACAACACAAACAUUACAUCAUACAUUGAUGACGGGGGGUGGGGUGGGGCGCUGUGAAGAUUUUUUGCACGGGGCGCCUAAAGGCCUAAAGCCGGUUUGGUUGUAAGUCAUUCAGAUAGGUGAGUGCUGCCUGGUUCUGUUAAAAGGGAUAAACGUAAUGCCAAAAAAUUUUGUGGUUAAUACCGUAACAACAGUUUUUCAUAUAAAUUAAAAUAGAAAAAAAUUUAUGCGCUGUGCUUUCAAACAAACAGGCCUAUUUUAAGCUGCUGUCCAGCCCUGACUUGGACAAGUGUAACUUGUAUUGGCUGGAUUUUGCCAUAAUCACAAUCUUGUGUUGUCAUGUCUUUUUGUGUUUUAUAAAUUUUUAUGAAGUUUGGCCUAUUUUGCAUGUUCUUGUUUGUUUUUUUCUAAACAAACCAAACCAAAAAUGUUGUAUUUUUUUUUGCCGGUGAUGAUUCCAAAGUUCAACUCCUAACUCAAUAGGAUAACUCAAGGCACAAACUGUGUUUCCCCUGUGGGAAAAAAAAUGGAGUUAAAAAUAAAGUAUAGGAUAAACUUAAUUUGUAAUACCACUCUAAGACCAAGUUCUCACUGAAGCCUUACAUUCCUCUAGUGAUGUCAUCCCUCUCACUAUAGGGAGAGGAUGUCCCAUUGGUCAGGCUGAAAUUAGAACUUUGGAAGCACAAAGGGAAAGGGGCAUGCCACCAUUGGUUGUCUGUCGCCCAGUGGUGUAUUUUGAAUUUGUGCUUCCCUAGGCAUGAUGGAACUUGGGCACCCACUAAUUUAAAUUUGUCCCACCCCUUUCGGUCAAGGCCACACCCCUUGAUGUUAAAGACUAACACACGCUUUGACUGACAAACACACAGACACAACCACUAACUAACCGGCACAUACUCUCAGAUACACAGACAAACACACACUGCCAGUCUAGCAAAUAAUUUGUAGACACAAAAUAACAGUUGGACUCUUUACUCUUAUUUGUCUAUCACUGCUCUUGAUACAUUACUAGCUAUAUUUUAAAUAGCAUUGUAUACUCCUCAGAGCACAGUAUAUAGAUGAAUUGGGCAAUGUUUUUGUUUUUUUUAAUCUAAGUGCCAUAUUCUUUACUUUGUUUCCCUUCAUGCCACUGAGCGGACUCCUUUUAGGAUCUGCAAAAAUACAUCAUACAAAUUUAUUGUGUUCUGACUAGCCGGGAUAUAUUAAUAGGAGGUUUCUUUUUUACUUCCACCGCUAGCUUCCCGAUUGUUAGUUAAAUCAGUUUGGGUUUUGCUGCCUUUGAUUUCCCCAUAUAUCCCUUAUGUAUCCUACUAUUCAAGACUGUACCCAAUCUCCUACCUCAACAAAGUUUUUUAUUUUUAUGUGAUAAGGCACUAAGCCUACUAUUGGAUUAGCAGCUUUUAUCAGGGUAAUACGAUUAGUACUGGUCUUGCUUUUCUGUAACUCCGCUCUAAUCUUCCUUAUUAAAUAUGUAAGUUGACUGCCCAGCCAUGUGUGUAAUCCCGCUAUUUUCCGUUAUAUCUAUUAUGUCAUAUUGCUUAGUGUAUGAUCUUGUUCCCCCAUUUUGUUAUUUAGACUCCUUGCAUUAUUAAGCAUGCAUUUAAUAUCAUUGCAAGUCUUUGAGAAUUGACAAUUCUGCAUCCAGGCUUUAUUAAUAUUGCUCUGUUUUCUCAAUCGUCUGAUUUCUGGUGUACCUUACCUUUGGCUUGUUUAGUGUUUAUUUUAUCCUAUGUGAAGCCCAGCCACCUAUUAGGGCAAUUAGAUCAUGACCCUAGCUAUUAUCACAGUGCUUUUACCCUGUCUGGCAAAUGCGUUUGGUAGAAGCUGAUAGGACACUGUUCGUUUGUUUUUUUUCUACUCAAGAAUGAUUAUGGUACAGACUGGUUGUGUGCAAAGCUUUGUUGAUCUCCGGCUGAAAAGGUUGAGUAGAUCAGUAAUUGCCCAUUCACUUUUUCCUUUAUUUUUAAGCAUGCCAUAUGAGCAGCUUAUUUGUGGUUGUUUGUGAGUGAGACUGGGACAAGUUGAGAUCUAAAAAGCUAAGCACAGCCCAAACAGGUUCCUAAUAUAACUAAAUUAAGUUAAUGAAAAAAAACAUGUGAUAUUAAGUGACUUUGAAAUUGAUGAUGGGAUGAACCUGGUGUUGUAUUACCAACAAUUGUCUUCUCUUCUGUGAGAACCCAUACUCAACCCAUCUUAUGGAAGUCUGCAAUGUGUUUCAUGUUAUUUUCAUGUUGUCAUUUUCAUGUUAUUUUCAUGUUGUGCUUUUAUUGUUAUGGUUAAAACACAAUUUAUACAUAAAUGCUCUGUUAAUGCCAUGUGUAAUAAGUACCAAGUUACUAACUAGUAGCUAAAAAAUUGUUACGGCCAUGAACUAAUUGAUAUGAAUGAAUCCACACCCAAAUGAAUCAGUUCGUCCAGGAAACAAUUUACUGUUCAAAUCAAUUUGUUUAGGUGUGCAUCAAAAAUAGUUUGAUUAGACAAAUCAGUGUGUUUAUGGAUUGCACAAGUCAAUGCUAUCCCCAUUUUUGUUCUUCUCCCAUUUUUAAUUUCAUGUAUAAACCAAAAAGCUGAACAAGCGCUUAGAUCAAUGAUAUAAAUAUGGGAAUGUGCUUAUAUGCUCUCAAAAUAUAAAUUAAUGUGGACCUUCUACUUAAGACCAAUAUCCAAAAAAUAUAUAUGUGCAGAUGUUGAUUUACCCUCAAAAUAUAAUAAAUGUGCCCUGUUCCCGUGGCACUCACACCAAAGUGAGACACAAAAUCCAAUAAAUACAAAAAGUAAACAUUGGUGCGCUUGACAUACAGUUUUUCUCCAAAAAAAUCGAAUCUGCAAAUAAAUAUACAAAUAGCAUAAUAGUGCAGACCAAUAUUAUAAAAAAUACAUAAGUAUAUAUCUGGAGGUCCAACAUAUGGCAGAGCCUUGUCAACCCUGACUUUGGGUAUCAAUGGCUCCACUUGAGAGGGAGAUUACCACAUUAUCAAGGUUAAACUGCCACACACUAUCUUGAACUUUAAUGUUUAACAGUGAGAAAUAAAAAGCAGAAAGAAACUAGUGGUGCAGUAUCAAAUAUAUUUAUUUUAUAAAACACAACAUAAAAGCAGCUUACUCAAAGUCCUGGUGGGUUUCCCAGCCGAGCACCCACUAUGCAUUUACUUACUGUCAAAGAAUUUCUUUGACCCAUACAUUCUGAGUAUAGUGGUGGCUGGUGAAGUUUUAAGAUGGUGGGACACCAGACUCCUACCCCCCAAUUUUAAUCCAUCCCAUACAGUACAGAGAUGCUCAUACAAUGCAUUGGCUUCCCAUUAGAUACAGGGCUUAAUUGAAAGUUAUAUUAGUUAAACUGCUGACAGCUUUCACUCCCCAUAUUAUGAUUUCUCUCCUGCAACUGUCGUAAAAAAAAAAAUCACUCAAGCCCUCAGUGAAUACUAUUCAAGCAACAUUAGUCUUCUACUCUACCCUUUUUGUGUCACUAUACCCCACUACCUCUAGCAUGUAAGCUCACUGAGCAGGGCCCUCAACCCCACUGUUCCUUGGCGUCCAUCUUGUCUGGUUUCAACUACCUUUCUGUCAGUCCACCAAUUGUACAUCGCUGCUGAAUCUGCUUUAUAAAUAAUAAUAUAUACAUAGAGCUGAGUACAAUACAGUGAUAACCAUACCACAAACAUAACUGAGAUAAAAUAGAUAUUGCUGGGCAGAACACAAAGAUACCUAUACAAUAAACAGAGCUGGGUAGACUACAGAGAUACCCAUACAACAGGUAUAGCUGAGUAAAAUACAGAGAAAUAACACAGAGAAGUGGGCACAAUAAGGAGAUACUUAAAACUAUCCCAGGGUCACAGUGAUGGAUUAUAUAGAGCAAAAACAUGAAAAGAACAGGAUACAAUAUGCAAAAAUGGCAUAGAGGAACAAAAAAGCGUCAAGUUGCGCAAAACGAUGGGUAAGAUGGGCAAAAGGAGGGUUUACAGACAUACAGGUGUAGAUGAAAUUUGGGGCAGCAAAAUGCAUAUUCGCCUGUGUAAAUAACAUCUUGAUCCAAUGAUAAAUCUGACUGAAAUUCUGGGAUCAAGAAAGAAUGUCAAUCCUAAUUUGUUGCAAAAUGGGGUUUAUAUUUUGUUUGCAUUCCUUUUGGCUCAACAGCAAAAACAGUUGUAAGAAAGGCUGUAUUUUUUCAGCCUAUGUAACUAUAUGACUGCCUCUGCAAUGACUGGCACUAUCUUCAACACCCCCACGCUGUGCCAAAGGAUGGUGUUAGUGGUGGCUACUGCUUUUGCUCUUCUUUUUAUAAAUGCCGUUUAUUAUAGUGGUUUUACCCUGCCUUAUGUUUGUGUUGAAAAAUAGUUGUUACUUGAUGGACAAUGAACUAUGGUAACACUAUUGUUUUUGACUACACUGCGCAGAGCACACAGUUACAGAAAUAAAUGGCUUUUUAAAGCUGAUUCCUCAUCGUCUCUGCAACACUACUACUGCCACACUUAGUGUAGGCAGGAUUCACUUGUGCAAUGUGCAGUAAACUGAAGACGUACACUGUGUAUAUUACUGAGGGAGAAGCUUGCAAGUUCCAAGGCACAAACAAUUAAUCUGUCUUUGAUAAGAAAUAGAAAAAUUAUCACACUGUAGGAAAAAACUGCACAGCCCUUUCAGCUUCUGCCAACUGCAUUUGAAGAAAUAACAGGCAAAAUAUGUCUGUUGUGAGUGUGUACAGUGCACAGGAAACAGACGUAAUAAGCUUCUCCCCGGCAGGCAGCGCUUACAAGAGGAUGCUUGUACCCCCUCUCCCUCAAUUCUUUUAUUUAAGCUCACCCACCAUCCCCUCCUUCCUAUACGUUUUUGUUCCAUAUCUUUUUUUUUUUUCUUCUAAAUUUCCCCUCCCUCACCUUUCCGGCUCAGAGUGUGAGCCAGAGAAUCAGUCCAAUUAAAUGCUUCUCAAUUAAGCAUUUGCUUGGACCACAAGAGGGCACCGGUGACAUUAGAGUGUAGAAUCCAUAGAGGGGAGGGAGGGGGAGAGGGAGGGAGAGAGAGAGAAAGAAAAAAAAAAAAAGAAAGUUUCUAAAAACAUUUUUUCUAUGUACAGAGUUUUGAUCAUGCAUACAUAUCUUUAUUCAGUAUGUCAUUUUUAUUUACAUUUGAUAGACUCGAGUGCAGAGAUUUAGCUCAGGUAGAUUGUGUUUGUCUUUCUCAGUGGAUACAGUAACAGUUAAAAUAUUUUACAUGUUUUUUAGUGUGAGAAUUGUCAUGCAGAGGGAAUUUAUUACAACGUGGCAGGAAUUUGGUUAAUGGAUUUAUUGUUAAAGGAAUGCGCAUGCGUGGCAAGUGCUGCAGGCGCAUUCAAACAGUCCAUAGGAAAGCAUUUCUCAAUGCUUUUAUAUGGACGCUCUGUGCGAUGGAUGCGAAAUUCGCAUCCAGCAUCGCAGAUGCACCUCUAGCGGCUGUCAGGAAGAUAGCCACAAGAGGCUGGAUUAACCAUGCUAUGUAAACAUAGCAGUUUCUCUGAAACUACUAUGUUUACAACUGAAGGGUUAAAACCUGAGGGACCUGGCACCCAGACCACUCCACUGAGCUGAAGUGAUCUGGGUGACUAUAGUGUCCCUUUAAAUGUGUAUUUCAAUACUUUGUGUGGAUGAGCAAUUUCAAUUGCAGUAGAGGACUUUGGUUAAUAGAUUUAUUGAUAACUUUGGAACACAGAGUAUCUCUUUACUUUGCAUGUAAGUAAGAUCAUAUGUUUUAAUAUGUCAGGCAUUCUAUACGGAUUACAGUCCUUCAAUCAUUUGGGGUUGGGUUAUAAAAUAGUCCCUUUCAUUACAAUAUAAUAUUGCAAUACUAAGUGUUUUAAUUAGGCACCACUGACAAACGGGAUACAAUAUGCAAAAGGCGUAGAGGAACAAAAAGGCGGCAAGUUGUGCAAAACAAUGAGUAAGAUAGGCAAAAGGAGGAUUUUCAGGCACACGGGUGUAGAUGAAAUUUGGGGUGGCAAAAUGCGUUUUCGCCUGUGUAGAUAAAAAUUCUGACGGGAUGCAUACUUGUAAAAACAAAAUAUUCAGGGAUAUAAUUUUUCAUUUGUGGCUUAAUAGCUUGUACAAAAAUAUGUUAUGUUGUGAGUGUAUGCAGUGCACAGAAAACAGACGUAAUAAGCUUCACCCUAGUGGCACUAAAAGGGUGUUUGUAAUUUGAUAACUAUAUUGAUUAAGACUAACAAAGGUGCUACCUCCUAUUCCUGUUAUUUUUUUAAACUAGGUGUUUAUUUGUGUCACCGGUACUGCUGAUCAGGUACCUUUACAGACGAGAAAAGAAACACUCACAGCCUUUCCUUGAUUAUAUUUUCUGUCCCCCUCCACAUUCAUAUUGUAGAUGUAUGGAAAUAAUUUUGUAUAAUUUUAUAUUAUAUGUACAACACAUACAUGGCCUUUUUAAAUAAUAGCCAUGUAUGUCCAUACUCUCACCUCUGUUCUCCUUCAAAACUUCUCGAGGGCUGCACCAUUUCUAUGGAACUCCCUUCCCUUCUCCGUUAGACACUCACCCAGUCUCUACUCCUUCUAAAAAACUGUAAAAACUCACUUCUUCAUGAAAGUGUUGCAAUUAAACUGUUAAUAGCUCCCAAUUAAUUCCUCUCCUACAACUGCCAUUAAAAACACACUAAGUCUUCAGUGAAUAAUAUUUUACCAAUCUACUUCUCUACCCCUACCCUUACCCAGGGGUCAAGUCCUGGGGAAGAAAGUGUGGGAACUCACCCAAGAUCCAUGACCCCCCCCAAAAAAAGAAUACGCUCGUAUUCAUAUAUAUUUCUCAAAAAAUACAGUGCAUCCUUUAUUGUAAAGUGCCAGUUUAAUUGUUUAAGGACAGCUGGACAACUUACCUGGGUCAUGGCAGGCGCCUGCACCGCAUCUGCUGCAUCGAGUCUUGUCCAGGUGGAGAAGUCAGGUUACUCUACAGAACAAAUCAGGACCAUGUAGGACUGCACACAUAGGUUGAGAGUACCCGCUAACCAUAAGUGCAGUCCUACAUCAACUGUGCUUUACUAUAGAGACGUUUCUCUUGCUGGAGAAGACCAGAUGUAGUGUAGGCACCCAGCAGAACCUGGGGUUGCUUUGUGUGUGAGGGGUGCAGAGUGUGUGUGUGAUGGAUGCUGUGUGUGUGAGGGGUGCAGCGUGUGUGUGUGUGAGGGGGUGCUGUGUGUUUGUGAGGGGUGCUGUGUGUGGGAGGGGGGGUGCUGUGUUUGUGUGAGGGGUUGUCUGUACUUGUCCCGCAAGGUGAGUGCUGUUUCAGAGCAUUGCCAUGGCAAUGCGCGGCAGCGCUCCGAUCAGCAUUCUCACGAACGAAGGGCCUCUCGGGCCAGUGAAGGAGAUGAUUGAUCUCCUCACCGGCCCAAGAGGGCCCAAAGCAAAUGAGCAGGGCCGACUCUCCGUGGGCCAGCAGGGAAAAUCAAAGGAUCUCCCCUGCCAUCCUCGGCACAUGGGCAAUGCUGUGGGGCCCCUAUUCUUGUGGGGCCCCCGUGCAAGUGCCCAGCAUGCCCAUGCGGAAAGACGGCCCUGAGGUCCUGCAGUACUAUUAACGGGAACGGUGUUCCUGCUGUGGAAAAAGUGCAUGAAUGCCGUUCCCACGUGUUCCUGCAGGACACAAGCCCUGCCCUUACCUUUGUGUCUCUUUACCCCACAAACCAGGGCCCUCAUACCCUCUGUUCCUGUGCGUCCAACUUGUCUGGUUACAAUCACAUGUUUGUUAGGCCAUCUAUCAUGGCAAAGUCUGGCAUUUUUUUUUUUUUUCUGGAAAAAUCUUUUUUUUUUGUGUCUUUCUUUUUCCAACAAAGCAAUAUGUAUUUGUUUUUCUAGCAGCUUUAGAAGCAAAUAUUGAUCAUGGUGUAUAUUUUGUACAUUCAAAGUACAUACAAUAUUACAAUGAUUUCUUGGUUUCCAUUAGUACAUUUGUAAAGGCUUUCAGCAUAUUGUCAGCUAUGUGUACUUGCAAAUGGAUUCAUUGAAAAAAACCCAAUUGUAUUUGGGAGCGAAAAGCAGGACCACAGCGACAAUAACACAGAACAAUCAAGCUUGUAUUAACAUUGCUUGGUAACCCUAAAAGCGUUGACUAUCAAAAACAUAAAAUAAAGUUUAAUACAUAUCGGGAUUUUAUACUUAAUAUCACAGUUAAGGGUAAAUAUUGCAUAACCAAUAUAAACAAGCAUUGGUGGAUACGUCCAGAGGAUCUACAAAGAAGAUUAUAGAAUGUAGAGAUGGCAAGCCUGCCCGAGUGAGGCUCACUUCCCUGCAGCACCAUAAAUCGAACGGCGGUAUCGGUGUCCCCGAUAUCCGCAAAUAUUAUUUCGCCACUAACGCUGCAGUGGUUGUGAGCUUUAACAACCAGGAUGAUAAACCCAGAUGGAUGGAGAUAGAGGAAUCAAAAAUUUCACCGGUCAGGCUAUUAGAAUUACCUUGGUUAAAUCCCAAGAAAAGACCUGGAAUUACAAAAUUAUUUUUAUCCACCAGGACUACGCUUAAGGCCUGGGACAUUGUUUUUAAAAAUGACCAGUCUCCCAGUUUAUAUAGAGCAAUGCCUAUUGAAUUAUUGAAAGAUCAUAUACCAUCCUUAAAAAUAGAAUUAUUAAAGGAUUGCUCUAUAACUAAUCUGGACAAUUUUUUCUAUGGCAAUGCUAUUCUUUCUUUGGAAAAAUUGAAGCUUAAGUAUGGAUUGUCGAAUGCAUGUGAACUGGAAUGUAUGAUAAUCAUUGAUAAAUUGAAAGAACUAUACCAGGUACCUGAAACAGAUAAAAACUAUAAAUCACUUGAGAUAUCUCCUUUAGAGAAAGUUAUUUUAUACAGCCCUGCUAGUAAAGGUAUUAUAUCCUUAUGUUACUUAUCUCAUAAUGCCAAGCCCUUAGUUAAAUUAAAACAUAUGCUGUCAUGGGAGACGGAGUUGGGUGCCCAGUACGAUUUAGAAGAAUGGUUCGGUUUCUUUACAGGUUUAAAAGGUAUUUCGUAUUGCACCGACCAUUUUGAAAAUCAUUAUAAAAUCUUAUAUCGCUGGUACCUGGCUCCGUCUAGAUUACAUAACAUGAACAAUAUGUAUUCUGACCGGUGUUGGAGAGACUGUGGGGGAGUGGGCAAUAUGGCCCAUAUCUGGUGGUUCUGCCCCAAGUUAAUUAAUUAUUGGAAAAUGAUCCACGAUCUGAUUAUUAAAGUGAACGGAACCAUUAGUAUCUUAACCUCGGAACUAGCCUUAUUUAAAAAACUCCCGGAGUCUGUUAAUAGAUCAGAUAAAAUAAUCAUAGGCCACAUUCUGAUCGCUGCUACAUCCUGUUUACCUAGACAUUGGAAGUCUCAAAAUGUGCCAUCUCUCAGAGAAGUUUUUAAUUUGAUUUUAGAAAAUAAGGCACAUGAACUAUCACACAGAGCCAAUAUGCAUGGUUUCCCAAUACUAAAAUACAACUGGGAUAAAUGGGAAGAAAAAAUCAAAACAGUUUAUGGUCUUUGAUAUAUUUAUUGUUAAAGUGCAUUGUUGUAAAACAUUUUUCCUUUUGCCUUCUACUUUAAUAUGUUUAUUUCAUUGAUGGAUGGAUACCCCUUCCCAUUUCCAUGUUACCCCUCCUUUCCUACCCCUAAUACAAUGUUUGUAUUAUUAUCAUUUGUUAUACAAAAAAAACUUUAAUAAAAAUUAUUUGAAAAGAAUGUAGAGACGGUUCAAUAUUGAAAUGCGAAAGUAUUUGUCUUUUUUUGCAAUGUAACUUUAUAUUUAAUUUCAGGCUAUUUAUUUUCUGUUUAUUUUUACCAUGCAGAUACUUUGCCUGAAACUGUAAGCAAAUCAUUUCCAUCAAGCACAGUCAAAACAGGUAAAGCGACUGCAUAGUCAUGAUAUUAUCCAGUGUAUCCAACAUCUGUAUUUAUUUCUUUUUUUACACUAUUUACCUUCACACUCAUCACUACAACUAUGUUGCUGGGGGUUUUCACAAUAUAGGACCUCAUGUGAAACAUAAGCUUCAAUUUAAUUAUAUUGGCAAAAUCAGUUGAUAAUUAUUUUUUUUAAAUUAAUUUUCAACCAGUUUAAAGACAGCAGCAAACCACUAUACCUCUACUAGCCAGUUGACUUAAGCAUUGCGGAAACAAUUGGUUCUUCUGAAUCACUUUGGCUGAAAACAAAAUAAAGUCUGUACGGCAGAAUUUAGCACAUGCCACGAUUCGGCUUGGCAGAACUGCAGUAUCAAAAUUAAUUCGGCAGUCAAAAAAAAAAUGUCUACAAUAUUUCUUUAACUAAGAGUUACACUAUAUCAGACAUUUGUGAAAUGCUAAUUCUAAAUUUCAGUUAUAACAUUCUUAUAUAUCUGGAUUAAAAAGAAAAAAUAGGAAAUGAGACUUAGUUUCAUAAUUAUUAAUUGCAAUAUUUUUCCUUGUAUUCCCUGUAUUGAUGAAAAAUAAGGAGCAGGAGUCAGUGGGCAAAACUCUCCCGCAUAUCCAGUCUGUAGCUUCUGUGACUGUCCUUCAAUGUGGAAAGACACAUUGUCCAAUCCUCAACGCAGAUGGAGUAGUGGGAAGACAGACUAAAGAUUGUCCUUUGCUGUUACAAAAUUCUUUUCAUCAUCUCUAAAAUGGAAUAAAACUAGGGUUACCAUAUCUACCAUGUUUUCUGAGACACACAAUUUCAUGUUUUCUGUUGACACAGAAGUGUUGAUUGGCAGAAGUGGUGUAUUUUGGAUCUGUGCUGCCCUAGACAUGACGGAACUCUGGCACUCCCUAACUUAUAUUUGCCCUGCCCUUUCCCGUCAAGACCACACCUCUUCCUGUUAAAGACUAACAAACACUUCGACUGACAGUCACAAACUCUCCGAUACACUGACAAACACAAACUCACUGAUUUGACAUAAUCUGACAGAUGCACACACAAUCACUCACUGACAGACACAAGGACAGACACACAUAAUCACUCAGACCCACCCACAUUCACUGACAGACACUUACAGACACACACAUACAGACACACACAAUCACUCAGACAUAAACACAUUCACUGACAGACACACAUGCUCACUCACAGACACACACUGACAUACACUCACUCAUUCAGAGACAUACACUGACAGACAUACACACAUCCAAGCACAGACAGACACCCACACUCACGCAGACAUAUACACUGUCCCAGACUGAUAGACAAACACACACUCACAGACACACUGACAGCUAUAUACACACACACACACACAUACACACAUUCAUUGACAGACACACAAACACACACAUUUCCCCCCCCCCCCAACACUCACAGAUUACUGUUAUUUUUUUAAUUUUAAUUUAAAUCCACCCAGCCUCCCUACCUUUAGGAGAGCUAGGUGGAUAUUUUUCACCUGUGGUCCAGUGGGGCUGCUGGGCUAGCUGAUGGCCAGGUUGUUGAGCAAACAGGCAGGCAGAUGGUCAGGUGCGCAAAGCAGGCAGCGAGGGCGCUGAUUGGUAGCACAUGAAAAUUCUGCCCUGCAUUAUGGAUAAUGUAUAUGCUGCAGCAUAGCUAGGCAUUAGAUGUGUGCAUUCAUUAUCAGACAAACCACAUUUUAUCUGAAUUUUGGAAGCUUGCAGAUUUGAAGCUAUGCAAUUACUGAAAACAAACAUUUCCUGGAAAACAUUAUCACAGAAACCCCACUGCAUCAGUGAUUGAUAGUGCUGUUCCAGCUUUUGUAUAGAGUAAUUGCAAUGUUGUUUAUGUCGUAAUCUGGGUAAGCAGGUUGGGUUUUGCUUGGUAACAUGUUGGUCUGUUUGCAUUUUAUCUUUAUAUCAAAUGUCAAGUGUUAACAAUCCUGGCAAAGUGUGUUAACAAUAAUCCUGGCAAAGUCUGACAUUUUAAAAAAAACAACAAUUGUACACGAUUUUCCUUCCUGCAAAGAUAUUGUUUCUUAUAGAAAUAUUCCACUUCCAAACAAUCAAACUGUAACAAUACAUGUUUGCUUUUAUAGCAGCGUUUGAAGCAAAUUUUGCAAAAUGUAUCAUGGUGUAUAUUCUGUUUCCUGGAACAAAACAAGUACAUAUAUUAUAACCAUGGCUUCUUGGUUUCCCUCUAGUACAAUUGCAAAUAUUUUCAGCAUCAGUUAUGUGUAAUUGCAAAUUUACUUUUUUUAAAAUUACUAUUAUUUUUAAUUUGGGAUACAAAAAGCGUGGACAGGACAUGGUACAUAGCAACAAUAUGUUACAUUUAAACUUGUAGAUGAACAUUAUUUGAUAACUGUAGAAUCUACAACUAUGCAAUUGACAAAACUUAAGUUUAAUACGUCUCUGGGUGUUACACUUCGUAAUAAUAUAACAGUUCAGGGUAGAUAGUGGUUAACCAAUAUAAACAAGCAUUGGUGGAUAAGCCCAUGGGAUCUACAAAGUAAAAUGAUAUGAUAUAAACACGGUUCAAUAUUGUAAUUCAGUUUUGAAAAUAUGUAUUUUCUUGCAAUGCAACAUUAUAUUUUACUUUCAAGCUAGGACAUACUUGAAAACGAGAGAAAUCUCAAUGUAUCAUUCCUGGUAAAAUAUUUUAUAAAUAAAUAAAUAUUUUCUGUUUAUUUUUACCUUACAGUGUCUAGUAGUACAAAAGUAAGCUCACCAUCUUCAUCAAGCACAGUCAAGCCAGGUAAAGCUAUUGCAUAGUCAUGAUAUUACUCUGUUUCCUAUAUCUA